UGUGCAGACAAGCCGAGGACGAGCAGACGAAACCUGCCGUUACACGAGAGGAGAAAGGCACCGCCGAAGACUCAGAGGAAGAUGAACUGGGGCUUUCUGGAGAACAUCCUCAGUGGGGUGAACAAGUACUCCACUGUGAUCGGGCGCAUCUGGCUCUCCGUGGUCUUCCUCUUCAGGAUCCUGGUGUACGUGGCGGCGGCCGAGCAGGUGUGGAAGGACGAGCAGAAGGAUUUCGUGUGCAACACCCGGCAGCCCGGCUGCGAGAACGCCUGCUUCGACCACUUCUUCCCCAUCUCGCAGGUGCGCCUCUGGGCUCUGCAGCUCAUCAUGGUGUCCACCCCGUCCCUGCUGGUGGCCCUGCACGUGGGCUACCGGGAGCACCGGGAGGCCAAGCACCACCGCAAGCUGUACAAGGACAAAGGGAGCAUCGACGGCGGGCUGUUCUGCACCUACAUCCUCAGCCUGGUCUUCAAGAUAACCUUCGAGACCGGCUUCCUGUUAGCGUUCUACUUCAUCUACGACGGCUUCGAGGUGCCCAUGCUGCUCCGCUGCAGCGAGAGUCCCUGUCCCAACACGGAGGACUGCUUCAUCGCCAGAGCCACGGAGAAGAAGAUCUUCCUCUACAUCAUGGGCUGCACCUCCGUGCUGUGCAUCGCCCUGAAUCUCGCCGAGCUGGCGUACAUCGUGUGGAAGCACCUGUGGAAGUGUUUCUCGCGGCGGUACGUCCCGAUCGGGGAGCGGGCCGCCAGCAAACGCCGGUCGCCGGCGCCCAUUGUCGACGAGGCCGAGCCCAAAGUAAACACAGAGGAUGGAAACCAGCCCGUCCGGUCCUAGAGGGGCCGGGA